AUGCACCCAUGCAAAGGAGGCGAGGCAUGCAAUCCUUACUUUGUACAUGACCUCCUGAAGAAAAAGCUCAACCUUAACACUAUAUUGGGCCGUUCGAGCCGUCCAGCAGCUACUGAGAAUGAGAAGUCGCAACAGGGACGCCUCCAUCGGUGUCAUCUCUGCAACUAUGUGACUGAGAAGCUGUUUAAUCUUAAAGUACAUUACCGAAUUCACACAGGCGAGCGGCCGUUUCACUGCCACUUCUGCCCUCAGACCUUUUCACAAAGCCCCCACCUCAAGUCGCACCUGCGCCUCCACACGGGCGAGCGACCAUUUCAAUGCAAGGUCUGCUUUCGGAGCUUCUCUGGAAGGUACAACCUCAAGUCACAUAUGCGCCUCCACACUGGCGAACGACCGUACCGCUGCACCAUCUGCUCCAAGGCCUUUGUGCAGCGCGGUCAAUGGAACAAACACAUGAGAACGCAUCACCUUCCGGAUACCACCCAGUGA